AUGAUCAACGCCGUACUGGUGUUCAAUAACAAUGGUCAGCCACGACUGACCAAGUUCUACACCCAGCUGGAUACAUCCGUCCAGCAACGCCUCAUCUCCGAGAUCUUCACCCUCGUCUCUGCGCGACCGGCGUCCAGCUGCAACUUCCUGCCGCUGCCACCACUUCUCGCGCCUUCAACCACCACCCAGCCACAUGAGCAGCACAACGAUGCGCCUUCGCUCGUGACCUACCGACACUAUGCCACACUGUACUUCAUCUUGAUCUCCACCUCGACCGAGUCGCCACUUGCACUGCUGGAUCUCGUUCAAGUCUUCGUUGAGGCGCUCGACCGGCUGUUCGAGAAUGUCUGCGAGCUGGACCUUAUCUUCAACUUUGAGACGUUGCAUGCAGUGCUGGGAGAGAUGAUCGUGGGUGGUGUUGUGGUCGAGACUGGGCUGGAGAGAGUGGUGGAAGGCGUCAAGAGCCAGGGACGCGUGGCGAAGAGACCGGUCAAUGAAUCGCGCCCGUCGUUGGGUCAAGGUAUCUGGGCAGGAAGAUGA